AUGCAACGACUUAUGGACGAGUUUAUCAAUCUGCAAGACAGACCAGAACCUUAUAUCACUAUAAACAUAAUAAAUCACUCAUUUUACAACUGAAAAGGAACACUUAAUGGCCCUGAUGGAACCCCAUACGAAGGUGGCCUAUUCGAGUUCGAAAUUACAUUUCCACCAAAUUUCCCAACAAGUCCUCCUGAAUUUCUUUUUAAGACGCCAAUUUUUCAUCCAAACAUUAGAUCUGAUGGGCACGUUUGUUGUGAAAUCUUUUCAAAUGCCUGAAACCCAAAAGUCCCUGUUAGAAACAUCAUUUCGUAUGCAGUAGGAUUAUUAAAUGAGCCUGAACCAAGAGCAGGAUACCAAGGACCUGCCACAGAAUUAUGCUUGAAGAAUCGAGAAGAUUUUAAUAGGGAAGCAAGAAGAUGGACUUUUGAGCAUGCAAUGGGGUAA